AUGGACGCGUCAACGGGACCGGGAGUUCCCUUGAACCUUCACCUAUCUGAGGAUGGUUUCUUUGCUUCUCACGUCAGUGGGAAGGCUCUCAUUGUUCAUUCAAAUGUAGCCUCUGAGAAUAAAGAGGUGCAGAUCGCAAGGCUCAAAGAAAAUGGGGUCAAAACUCUCAAAUGGUACAACUUCGGGACCGGUCACAGCUUAUCGCAUGAUGAAAUUUCCUCCCGAAGGCGACUUCUCUCUGCCAACGACAGACGCAUCUCGCUCUGGCAGAUCAACCCUUUGGAAAUAUUUGCCGAGGUCGAAAAUAUUGAACCAGGAACACUGGCUGUUGAUUUUGGCUCCAACGAAAACGAAGUGCUAGUAUUUCACUCUUGGAACACAAAGCUCAGCAUUCACUCGCUAGGAAGUGGAAGCACCUCGGUGAUCAAAACGCCCAAGUUUGCCCACCAUCUUGGAUUCGGUUACCGGCCCAAAACCAGGAACCUCGCUAUCUUGCUUAAGCCAGAGACCUCCGAUAUCCUGACCGUCCACGAGCCAUGCUCUUAUGAGCUCGUCAACAAAACUGUUCUAUCCACAAUUGAUGCUCAGGGCUUGAAGUGGAGCGUGGAUGGCAAGUGGAUUGCUGUCUGGGACACUGCGAGUGCAGGAACAAAGGUACUCAUCCUCACAGCCGAUGGACAGCUUUUCAGAACUUACACUGGGUCAACUGAAUCUGAUGAGUCGUUCGAUCUGGGUGUCAAACAAAUUGAAUGGAGCCCAGCAUCUCACCAAGGCUUCUGUGAAACAUUGGCUGUUGGGAAGAUCAACGGAAAUAUUGACCUACUUCGAACCCGUACAUUUUCCCCCACAGCAACCCUUUCCCACGUAUUCCAAUCGGAUCAGCAAUGUUCCAAUAUAUGGCGCGAACGAUACAUUGGCGCAGCAGGAGACGCCGAAUAUGCUGAAACGUCCGUUUCUUCUGCUUUCAACAUGAGUCCAGAAUCCACAGGACCGCCGCGUGGCGUCUUGGCCAUUGCUUUCAGCCCAGAUGGUCAAUUACUCGCGAGUGUCGACACUUCACGGCAGAAUGUCGUUUGGAUCUGGUCGCUGGAGUCUUCCCCAAGACUUGCGUCAGUCUUAGUUCACGAACAGCCGGUUCGACAAAUUGUUUGGCAUUCUUCGACGCCCCAGCUACUUAUCAACACGAUCACCAAUGGGCUUCCUACCAUUCGGUGGUGGUCACCACAGGAUCAUCCUGUGAUUGCGCAGGUCCCUGUACAACGAAACGAGAGUGGCAAAUACGACGUGAAGUGGGCCACAGACUCAAACAUUGACUCGGUGUUCUGGUUUGGCUCAACGGAACAACAUGUCAUCGGGUAUCUAUCUGCACAAAAUGGCGGCAUUGAAUUUGAGGUACUGAACUCAGUGACCAGCAAGGCCGGUGGGCCCCAUGGAGGUAGCCUAGGUCGUUAA